GGGCCAGGAGUUAGAAUUGGGCACUAAGACGGAAUUCAAUCUGGAGAUAUAUAGUAACAGCUUCAAGAUGAUGGUUGACACCAGAUCAAAAAAUUCUGACAACGGGAGCAUUCAAUGCGCUCCACGAAACGAAGCCAUUGUCAAACCAACUACAUGGGAAAUCAAAAAUGGGGUUGGAGACCUGAAAGAUAAACAUCUGCUCGUCUUUCAUCUACUUCCGCAAACGGCUACACGAUUGAUCAAAAAAGGCAACAAUGUGGGAAAACCUGCUAUUGGGAAAAAACCAAGCUGUAAACUCUUCAUAAACUUUGUAAUCUUUUCCAUUUCUAAAGAUUCAACUAAUUUCUAUUUUUCAGGAUAGGCCAGACUACGAAUUUCUUCAAGUCAACCCUCCAACACCUCCAACAACGACUACAAGCACAACUACAACAACAACCAAACCAAAACCAGGUAUCAAACAACCACCACCAUCACCACCACUACCACCCGGAAAAACAACUCCAACGCCACAAAAGGAGCCAGGAACUACAACAAACGUGCAAGGAGUACAAGAAGUACAGGGCACCGAAGGAGGAAGC